AUGUACACUUUGCAUUGUAUUUGCAAGUGUUACAUAGAGAGAUAUUAUUGUAGAUUAUCGCACUGUCGCUCUGUCUUUGUUCAAAACCAAACCAACCUCAAGACUUGUGUAGACGAGGCGUUUGUUCUCAAACGUGACAAUAUUGACUUCGAAUGUGCGCUUCCUCGCGGUGGCAAGUUGUGGGGAAGGGGCUGCUUCUUUCUGUCGUCAAAGAGAAUAGUUUUUGUGGCUGGAGACAAAUCGUGCCGACAAGACUUCCGAUCUUUUGCAAUUCCUCUCCAGAUGCUCAGGAAACCAAAGUUUGAGCAGCCGAUAUUUGGUCCAAACUAUUUGGCUGGUUCAACGAAGCCAGCACCGGGAUCUGAAAAUGACCCAGCAGCAGCACCACUUUUGGGUGGAGACACCGUCUUCUACUUGACUUUCAGAAGCGGGGGAUGCAAUACGUUUCUACAGCUGCUCUACCCUUUGCUUUCGGAAGUUCAGGCUCAGCGUGAACAGGGGCCUAUUGCUCAAGCUGCACAAGAAGGUCGGCUCAAUCAGGUUGCGUAUGUUGACCCAAGCGAUCCAUCAGUCUUGUACUUGUCGCAGCCAACUGCGCUACCUGGGUCUGAGGAGCGCACCAACUUUGAGAUCGACACUCCCUCAGCACCUCCACCUGAAGGGGCAGGCCAGCAACCCCGACCGAACGGCAACUGUUUGAUCAGCUGAUCAAAGCACAGCUCCGCACAGUGCCUAAGAUGGUCGUGCAAUGCCCGCACUAGCAGUGAAGGUCGCCGGGUAGGCAGCGAAGCUCUCUGCAACAUAACAUC